AUGCAAGGGGUACUGCAGUUUGUGAAACUUCUGGUCAAGCUUCAAAUCAGUAAGACCUUAAAUUGCAAUCACCAGUACAACUUCUCCUACGACACAAUCUGGAGACUUCACAAUUCUGUGGGGAACCACUCUCUACAUUACAUCUACACCGCCCUCCUGCGAGUAGAUGGACUCCACUUCUAUGAGGUCACUGGCAUUGGGCUCCUGGAUGGCCAACCAGUAGACCUCUACAGCAGCAAGGACCAGACCUGGACCCCAAAAACCCCAUGGAUGAAAAGCAACAUGCCGUCUGAAUACUGGCAAAGAGGAAACCUCAGAAUGAAGAAGCUAAAUCACAUAGUGCUGGAAAUAAUGCAGGAUAACUGUGUCUACAAUGAGUCUGCUGUUUGUGUCCUCCAAUGGAGAGCGGGCUGUGAGGCGGAGAAGUUGGCAAAUGAUUCGCUUAUGUUCGUGAAGAAAAUUCAGGAGUAUCAUCUGAACGGGGAGCACGUCCAGGCCACUGAUGGCAGCAGGCAGUGGGCAGCACCAGUCCCACAUGCCCCUCCAUCUGAACAGAUGCUGAAAGGGGCCAGAAACAUCAGCGAUCACCUCAGUGACUUCCUGCUGAAGGAGUGUGUGGAUCGGAUGAGAAAAUUCAUCAUUUACAACAUUCCAUCUAUUCCAGCCGCUCCAGUGGUGACUGUAUUUCCACCACAGAAGAAGAGUCGGUUCUGCUUCCUUCUCACCUGCAUGGCUACAGGUUUCUACCCCAGAGACAUACGGAUGAGCCUCCGGAGGAACAGGAUCACGGUUCCGGAUGAAGAUGGGGUCACGUCCACAGGCACCAGGCCCAACGGUGACGGAACCUUCCAGAUGAGAAAGAGUCUGGAGAUACUGGAGUGCCAGGUUCCCUACGACGUGCUCUAUGAAUGUGUGGUGGAGCACACAUCUACGGUGACCCUGCAGAUCAUAAAGCUGGGUUAA